AUUGUCGGUUUCCCAGACCCCCUCCAUAGAAGUGUAAUUGCAGGCAUUUUGUUGUUCUGUUCUGAAAUCCACGCGUGCAGGUCCUUGAGGGAACUACCUUAUUUAUCUGUUUUCUUUCAGAAUGAAAAAGGCAAACGUUGACCACACUAAGAAAAAGUUUCAAGGCUCUGAUUGGUCCCGGUUCCCAUGGAAGCCAUGUGGUGGCUGAGGCUCCUAGCGCUUGGCGCUCUCGUGGCCGCCGUGCCCCCAGACAGCAAGAAGGCCAGCGGGAAGAAAGCCGCUGCCGAAGGCCAGAAGCUGAGCGGGAAGAAAGCCGCUGCCGAAGACCAGAAGCUGAGCGAGAAGGCCGCCGCCUUGGCUGACCGCAGCGCCGGCCUGGCCUUCAACCUCUACCACGUGAUGGCAAAGGACAAGAACACGGAGAACAUCUUGGUCUCCCCCGUGGUGGUCGCCUCUUCCCUGGGCCUGGUGUCUCUGGGCGGCAAGGCGGCCACGGCCUCCCAAGCCAAAGCCCUGCUCAGCGCCGACAAGCUCGACGACGACGACGUGCACAGCGGCCUGUCGGAGCUCCUGAGCGACGUCAGCAACGCCACGGCCCGCAACGUCACCUGGAAGUUGGGCGGCCGCCUCUACGGCCCCAGCUCCAUCCACUUCGCCGACGACUUCGUGAAGAGCAGCAAGAAGCACUACAACUACGACCACUCCAAGAUCAACUUCCGGGACAAGCGGAGCGCCCUGAAGUCCAUCAACGAGUGGGCGGCCCAGACCACCGACGGCAAGCUGCCGGAGGUCACCAAGGACGUGGAGAAGACGGAUGGCGCCUUGAUCGUCAACGCCAUGUUCUUCAAACCUCACUGGGAUGAGAGGUUCCACCACAAGAUGGUGGACAACCGUGGCUUUAUGGUGACCCGUUCCUACACAGUUGGCGUCCCCAUGAUGCAUCGCACAGGACUGUACAACUACUUCAACGACGAGGAGGAGAAGCUGCAAGUCUUGGAGAUGCCGCUGGCCCACAAGCUCUCCAGCAUGAUUUUCAUCAUGCCCAACCACGUGGAGCCCCUGGAGCGCCUGGAGAAGCUGCUGACCCGGGAGCAGCUGAAGACUUGGCAGGGGAAGAUGAAGACCAGGGCGGUGGCCAUCUCCCUGCCCAAGGUCAGCCUGGAAGUCAGCCACGACCUCCACAAACAUUUGGCUGAUCUCGGUUUAACUGAAGCUGUCGACAAAACCAAGGCUGACUUGUCCAAGAUCUCGGGCAAAAAAGACCUCUACCUCUCCAACGUCUUCCAUGCUGCCGCUCUCGAGUGGGACACGGAGGGAAACCCUUUCGAUGGAGACAUCUACGGCCGGGAAGAGAUGAAGAACCCAAAGCUUUUCUACGCUGAUCAUCCAUUCAUUUUCCUUAUCAAGGACAACAAGACCAAUUCAAUCCUUUUCAUUGGCAGACUAGUUAGGCCCAAAGGAGACAAAAUGCGUGACGAAUUGUAGUGUGCGUGCUCUGGUGUGCAUGUGUGAUGGAUGGAUGUCCCUGGGUUUGUUUGUUUUUUUAAAUCGGGGGAGAUACGAUGUCAUGUAUUUUCUAUGAACUGGUGCUCUCCAAGCUAUUAAGGCUGCAAUCCCAUGCACGCUUACAUUGGAGCAAGCCCCAUUGAAUUUAGUGGGACUGACUCCUGAGUAGACCUGCAGAAGAUUGCUCUGCAUAAAUACCGGAGGUCAAAAUAGGGAGGGGAUGGGGAAUAAAAGGGUGGUAAGUAACUUCCCUGAAACGACUCCUCCUGCUAACGUUGAAGGCUCUUUUCGUAUUUUGCUCGUCUUUCUUGGUUGGGAUCCUGUUCUUUGAAUCCAUCGCAGCACAAAGGGAAUAUGAGCUGGAAGUUACAUUGCAAAUAACUUAAAGGUGCAAUCCUAGGUAUGUUUAGAUGGGGGGAGAAGCAGGGCUGUGGAGUCGGAGUUGGUAAGAAUGUACUGACUCUGACUCCUAAUAAAUUUAAAUUGAAUAUAGAGUUGCGAUAUGUCCCUGAAAACCAAGAUUGGGCUGGAUUCCAGCCAAUUCCAAAAUAUUCUGGCUGGUUGGACAAAAAUCCUGGAUUUGCAGUCCAGCUGGCCAGAGAAAUUCAGACCCCCCCCCCCCCAGCGGAUCGGCAGCAGCAGAGAAAAAGACGGAUCAAUCUGCCACCUUUUCCAGCAUGCUGCUGCUCCUUCACAAUUAAUUAAAUAAAUCAAAAUAUAACCUCGUUGUUUUCAUUGUUGGGCUUCUUUGAUACAUAUUUUUUUUUUAAAAAAAACCAGAAUGUCUUAGCUAUAGCCUUUAGACCCGGGCUUUAACAGGUUAGGUUUCUAAAAAGUUGCGUGCUUGCAGUCGAUGUAGGAAAUAUAUAGGAAAUUUAUUUCCUAUAUUGAUCUAUAAUUAAAGGAGUUGGAGGUUUUAUGUGCCAACUCCACAGCCCUGGAAAAAAGUCCUGGCUGGUGAAUGCUGGAGUUGUAGGACUUUUUUUAAUGUCUAAACAUACGUAGGAAUUGCGCCCUAAGAUAACGAGCUCAGACUUGCCCCAAACUUUCACUGUAAGGUGAGAGAUCUUUUUAAUUCUUCGUUAUGUGCGCCUGUCAGUGCGAAUUCAUGGACCAACAAUAGAUGGAUAAAAUUCUGAA